AUGGAACAAACCAGACGCAGAACCGGGUUUGCCACUUUCCUUAGAAAGAUCGACGAGGAAAGUCCACAAGAGGCUACAGCACCUCCCGCCGUCGUCAAGAAGAAGCAGAAGGCUCCUCCCGUUCCCCAGAGAACAAAGGCCUCAGAUAAUUCUGAGGCAAAGAAAAACCUCCAAGAACACCAACAGGAGGUGAACCAGGGCAGCGAGCAGAAGGACCCAGAAAUCUUCGGACUCAAGAGUCGGACGGAGAGUCUUUCUGCAUCGUCCAACAAAAGACUGGAGAAGAAGAAUGAAGAACUCCAGAGUUACGUGGAGGCUCUGGAGCAAAGGCUGGAGGAGCGGGAGGAAGAAGACCUGAAGGUCCAUCAGGAGUUGGUCCAGCAGAACACAGCCCUGCUGAAGCUGGUCGACUCCAUGAAUGCGACCAUCAGGAAACUGAGGGCCGAGCAGAACCAGGCGGACGAACUCUGUCGCAGCUGCAGAAAAGAAAAUCAAGAGCUGAAGGACAGAGUGAGUCAAUAUGAAGACCUGGAAGAAGCUCUGAAGGCAGAGAGACGCAACAACGCCGAGUCCAACCAGCUCAAGGACGAGGAAAUCCUCAGACUGCAGAGUCUGACGGAGAGUCUCUCUGCGACGCUCAGCGAGACCAGCCAGCAGCUGAGCCACACAGAAGCUCAAGUCCAGCAGAUCCUACAAGAGGUGACACAGCUGGAAGAAGUGGAGAAGGUCAAAGAGGACAAGAUCCAGGAGCUUCAGCAGCAAAAGACCGGGAUGGAGCAGAAGCACCAGAAGCUGCAGUCAGCUUACAUGAUCAAUAAGAAGCGUCGCCUGCGAACUGAGCCCAGACAUGAAUCAGGUGGAGAUCAGACGGAAAGCGUGGCGUCUGAUUGGCCGCUGCCUGCAGCUCAGAUCCACCUGAUCAGAGCCGGAGCAGCAGAGCUCAGGUGA